AUGAAGAGGAUGCUGCAAGAGAAAGGGCUUCACGGUUUCAGGAUUAUCGGAAAGCCGAUAUGGGGAGUAGGAUGCUGCAAGAGAAACGGAUAUGUAGAGGAAGCUGUUAAGUUCCAGAGAGGAGGGAUUAAACUUGCGGAAGAUUUGGUUUGUUACAACACGCUCAUGCACCAUUUCGUAACGGAGAAGAAGAUGGCUUGUGGUGAGCAGAUUCUAGGGAGGAUGUUGGUUCGCGGUUUGAGUGUUGAUGCGAUUACCUUUGGUACUUUGAUCGAUGGAUACUUAAAGGAAGGGGAGGUGGAGAAAUCUAUGGUGGUAUAUGAUGGUAUGGUCAAGAUGAAGAAGAUGCCGAAUCUUGUGAUAUACAACUCGACUGUGAAUGGAUUAAGCAAGAAAGGAAUGAGUGGCGCGGCUGAAGGGAUGGUGAACGCUAUGGAAAGAAAGGACGCUGUGACUUACAACACGCCGCUGAACGAGUCUCUCAAAACCGGGGAUCUAAGCAGCCCUGGGACAGGAACGGGUACAAGAAACGGGGACGGGAACGGGGACGGGAAACGUCAAACGGAUACGUCUCCGUUCCAAGAGAAACGUUCCCGAGACGUCUCCGGUUUCAGACUAAACCCGUCCCCGGCGUUUCCGAGACGUCCCCGUCCCCUCGGCGAACCCGGUACGCGAGACGGCACCCAAGUGGCGUACCCGUGCAACCUAGCCGGGGAUGUGGAAGAAGCUGCGAGGGUCUUAUCCGAAAUGCAGAAGCAGCAGGAGGAGGGUGAGGAACUGGUUAGCCUGGUGACUUACAACAUCAUGUUCAAUCAUCUGUGCAAGUUUGGGUGCUACGAGAAAGCGAAGGAGGUGUUGAAGAGUAUGGUUGAGAGAGGUGUUGUUCCUGAUUCUAUAACGUAUGGAACUCUGAUUACAUCGUUUAGUAAAAAUAAUCGCGGUGGAGAAGAGGUUGUUGAGCUACAUGAUUACAUGGUUCUUAAUGGAGUUCGACCUCAUGAACAGAUUUACAAAUCUCUUGUUAGUCCUCUUCUAAAAGAUCCAUAG